GCGAUCUGAGUCCCACGGAAGCCGGCAAGGGGCGGAGCGGAAGGGAGGAAGGUGGUAGAACCCCGUGCACACCACGUUCCCGCAGUUGCUCAGCCAUCACCCGCAUAGUCUGGGCCGGGGGCAACACUUAAUCGGUGUCUGGAAUUUGCCCAAAUGAGGUACCCUUGCUGUGCCUUGAUUUCCUCGUCUGUAAGAGGGGCACGACAGCAACACCAACUUGAUAAGCUUGUGCAUCAAACACUUAGCAAGGUGGUGUCAGCUGUGGGGCCAGGUGCCCCCUGAGGCCAGGGCAGUACAGCACUAUCUCUGAAGUAGCUCUGCAAUCUGGGAGUAGCACGGUGCCUAUUCCCUCAAAGGCUGCUGAGCGAGUGGUGGGUCGAUGGCUUCUGGUCUGCAGUGGAACAGUGGCUGGAGCAGUUAUUCUUGGUGGAGUAACCAGGUUGACAGAAUCUGGCCUCUCAAUGGUAGACUGGCAUUUAAUAAAGGAGAUGAAGCCACCUACAAACCAAGAGGAGUGGGAAGCAGAGUUCAAAAAAUACCAACAAUUCCCAGAAUUUAAAAUCUUGAAUCAUGGUAUGACACUGGCAGAAUUCAAGUUCAUCUGGUACAUGGAGUACUCACACCGAAUGUGGGGUCGUCUUGUAGGCCUUGCAUACAUCUUACCUGCUGCCUAUUUUUGGAGAAAGGGCUGGCUUAGUCGUGGCUUGAAAGGACGUGUUCUUGCCCUCUGUGGUUUAGUCUGCUUCCAGGGUCUGUUAGGAUGGUACAUGGUCAAAAGUGGAUUAGAAGAAAAACCCAACUCCUAUGACAUCCCUCGGGUCAGUCAGUACCGCCUCGCUGCCCACUUGGGAUCAGCCCUUGUUCUUUACUGUGCCAGCUUAUGGACCUCCCUCUCCCUUCUGCUCCCUCAGCACAAGUUGCCUGAAACUCGUCAGCUUCUGUGGUUGAGACGAUUUGCUCAUGGAACAGCAGGCCUCGUGUUCCUUACAGCUCUCUCAGGAGCUUUUGUGGCUGGUUUAGAUGCUGGACUUGUCUAUAAUUCCUUCCCCAAGAUGGGAGAAUCUUGGAUUCCAGGAGAUCUCUUCACCUUCUCCCCCAUCCUGAGAAAUGUUUUUGAGAAUCCCACCAUGGUGCAGUUUGAUCACCGGAUAUUGGGAAUCAGUUCAGUGACUGCCAUUACAGUGCUCUAUUUUCUCUUGCGGAGAAUUCCCCUUCCUCGAAGGACUAAGAUGGCAGCAGCAACUCUUCUAGCAUUGGCUUAUACACAGGUGGGCCUGGGCAUCAGCACUCUGCUGAUGUAUGUUCCAACUCCUCUGGCUGCCACUCACCAGUCGGGCUCCUUGGCUCUGCUCAGUGUUGCCCUUUGGCUCAUGAGUGAACUCCGAAGAGUCCCAAAAUAAUUCUAAGAAGAUCAGCCUCCUAGGAAUGAAACUGUUUUUGAGAACUCAUCAGAGUAUAAAGGAUUUGGGGGUUUCUAAAAGGAUGACCUUCGUAUACCAAGCUGUUUCCAGAUUGGUCAAGUUAUACAGAUUGUUUGUUUCUGAGACAGCCCCUGGAUCAAGAAUGCCAUAGAGGGCCAGGGAUGCAGCUUAGUGGGAGAGCUUGCACCUCACAUGGACAAGGAUCUAGGUUUGACUCAAUCUCUGGCAUGCACAUACUCUUCUCCAAGUGCACUCUCCUUGCCCCACCCCCCCCCAAAAAAAAUCAUUGGGCAUGGUGACACUAAAGGUUCCUGUUUAGACUUACUACUUUUCAUGUUGAAAAUCAGAUUUAAUGUAGAGGAAGAAUUCUGACAUUUUCUGCUGCUUAGCAUCAAUAGAUUCUGCCUCAGAUUUCUUAAUGUUGUAAGCUCUUGCCUCUAUGUGUAUGAUCUCUGUCUAUUUGAGUCCUAUAUUCUGCCUAAGUAGAAACUAUUUAUGAUCUUAGAUGUAUUUCUUUCAGGUUGAGUUUCAAUGAGCAGAAUUCUAAAGUAGGUAGAUAACCUUCAGUAAGACAUAGUGUCUUGGGGGCUGGGCAGUAGUGCAGUGGGUUAAGCACAGUGAGUUAAGCGCACGUGGCUUGAAGCACAAGGACUUGUGCAAGGAGCCUGGUUCAAGCCCCCGACUCCUCAUCUGUAGGGGGGUUGCUUCAGUGGUAAGGCAGGUCUGUAGUUGUUUAUCUUUUUCUCUCCUUCUCUGUCUUCCCCUCCUCUCUCAAUUUCUCUCUGUCCUAUCCAACAACAGCAGUGGCAACAAUAACAACAACAACAACAAGAGCAACAAAAAAUGGGAAAAAAUAGGCUCCAGGAGCAGUGGAUUCUUAGUGCAGACACCUAGUCCCAGUGAUAAUCCUGGAGGCAAAAAAAAAGGUCUUUUACAGUUCUGAUUUUCAAAAAUGGGUAGAUUUUUACAAGCUUGGCAUCUGUUAUCUAUUGCAGGAAAAAAAGGUUUAUUUUGUCCUUUGAAAAGAAAAUGACUAGUAGCCAGUUGGAUUCAUCAUGAACUAGUCCAGUGCCUCUUUUGAUAGUGCUGUUAUCUUAUGAAUUCAGAGGAAUGGAAUAGAUGUACAAAUAGGUUUGUUUCAUAACAGCCUUAUAAAUAAGAGAAAAAGGAUUUUGAAGAUGUACUAUAUGAAAAUUUAUUCAGAUGUUUAAACAGAUUGUUAUGAGUUUACAUUGACAUUUCAUAAGGCUCUGUCCUAGCCAACUUUUUUAUUGCUUCAUUUUUUUUUAUAUUAAAGUUUUAUUUAUUUCAUAUGAGGUGGAGUUUCACAUGAGAGAGAGAGAGAGAGAAGCUAGACACUACUCUGGCUCAUGUGUUGUCAGGGAUUAAGCCAGCAGCCUUGGGCAUGUAAGUUCUGCACUUUACCAGCUGAGUUAUUCCCCCAGCUGCUUACUGCUUUAUUUGUAAGUAUAAUUGACAUACAACAUUAUUUAAUUUCCAGUGUACAGUCAAGGAAUCUACAUAUGUUCACACUGUAACGUGAUCAUCACAAUAAAUGUACUUAACAUA